UCUUCAUCGUCAGUUCACCUCUCCCUCUCUGCAAUCCAUCCUCGUUCUUCCCUUCCAUGGACUCUAACUGCGACCAAGACGCCGUGAACGACCUGCCGGAGGAGAAUGGACGGAAGCGCAAGCUGGACGACAAGACCGUCCACGAGCCUGAGAGCAUCAAUUGCCGAAAGACCGUCUUGUGGCGCGAUGAGUUCCAGAACUUUUCCUACACAGAUCACAAGAAGUUCAUCUCUCGGGUAAAUCGGCUAAUGGAGAUGGGCUUUAUCAAAUCACUGGAUGGCCUGGUGGUCCCUAGGAUCGAUAUCCUCAACCGCUCCUUCUCUUGGGAGGAAUCCGAUAGAGUCGCUGCUAAAGUCGCAGUCUACUUGCUAGCUCGCCACGCUAUUGAGGAGCAAUUUGCAGAAGUGAUGGUGAAACAUGGAGCGAUACCUGCUUUGGUGAAGCAUUUGCGAGCUCCACCUUCAGGAGAAGGGGACCAGUGUGAGAAGCAUCUUGAGCACCAAGUUGAGGAGGGAAGCGCAGCUAUCCUGACCAUACUUGCUAAGAACCCUGAGUAUCAACAACUCAUAGUCGAUAGUGGCGCCAUAACCCAUCUUGUUAGUCUGCUGAAGAGGCACAAAGCCGGCCCUAGUUCAAGAUCGUUGAAUGAUGUUACCGAAAGAGCAGCCGAGGCUAUUAGUCAGCUUGCCUGGGAGAAUAGCAGUGUCCAAAUCCACGUCAGGAUGGAAGGUGGUAUUCCGCUACUUGUUGAGUUGCUUGAUGUUGAUGUCAUAAAUGUUCAAGGGGCUGCUGCUAGGGCAUUGCGGAUCCUGGCUAAAAAAAACAAUGAGAACAAGGAUCAGAUUGUGGAGUGUGGAGCUCUUCCUACCCUUGCUUUUAUGCUCAAAUCUAAGAAUGACGAGAUCAACUAUGUGGCGCUUUCAACACUUCUUAUUCUGGUGGACUCAUCUAAAAAAUUAACGAAACAUGUCAUGAAUGCUGGGGCAUUGCAACCAAUUAUAAGAUUGCUAGGUUCUAGCAGCAUGCGGGUCCAAAAGCAAGCAGCUUCACUACUUGCAGAAUUGGCUGCUGCCUAUUCAGACCGUAAGGCUAUUGUUCAAAGGGGUGCAGUUCGUCCUCUAAUUGGGAUGCUUCAAUCUCCUAAUGUUAAAGUGAGGGAGAUGUCAACUUUGGCACUGCGGAGGUUGGCUCAGGACAAACACAAUCAAGCUGGUAUUGCUCAUGAAGGUGGCUUACUGGCAUUCCUGGGGCUUCUAGAUUCGGAAAGCGGACCACUCCAGGCUGCUGCUGCUAGUGUUCUUGAGUGUCUAAUGGAUAAUGAGGAUAAUCUGUCGGAAUUCAUUAUCAUGGAUGGAUUUCGGAUGCUGCAACAUGUGAAAUUCACUAGCCAAGCAGUGGAAUCAUGUGUUGCAAGAACAUUGAAGAGUUUAAAGAACAAGAUUCAUGGACGAGCUUUAAAAGACUUGGUGUAUUUGAUGCAAGCAUCAAAGAAGGCCAUUCGAGAAAGAAUAUCUUUUGCUCUUGCUCAUCUUAGUUGCCCAAUCGAUCACCAGAUGAUUUUUCUCGACAAAAGUGGUUUGGAAUUGCUACUAGGAUUGCUUACUUCCUCUUGUCCUCAGCAGCAACUUGACGGUGGAGUAGCCUUGUUAACGUUGGCCAAACAUGCUUUGUGUCUCUCACCUGUAGAUGCAGCUCCACCUGUACUACCACCCCAAGUCAAUUUGAGGAAGCAGUACAAAAAGAAAACCAUGCCAUCUGAUGUAACCUUUUGGGUCGAAGGGGAACAAUUCUAUGCGCACAAGUUUUUCUUGUCUGCUUCUUCAGAUGCAUUCCGUGCAAUGUUUGAUGGCAAUUAUCGGGAGAAGGAUGCAACUAACGUAGAGAUUCCAAACAUUAAACGGGAGGUUUUUGCGGCAAUGAUGAGGUUCACAUACACAGGGUCGGUUGAUGUUACGUUGGACAUUGCAGAAGAUCUUCUCAGAGCUGCUGAUCAAUAUCUCAUGGAAGAACUUAAGAGAUUUUGCCAACAUGCCAUCGAAGAGAGUUUAUCAUUGGAAAAUAUUGCAGCUAUGUUAGAGCUCUCUGAAGACGCACAUGCGACGUCAUUGAAGAAGUCAUGCAUCUUGUUUAUCCUGGAGCAUUUUGAUGAAUUUAGGCAGCGGUACUCUCAUCUAAUUCAGGGAAUUGUGCUAGUGUUCCGUGAUUAUUUUUCUGAAGAGUUGACUAAGUGGACCUCCAUGCAAGAGGCAAAACAUCAAUCUCAUUAGCUCUGGCUCGUUACGGCGACAAGAGGAAGUUGGCAAUCCUCGCUAUGUGGAACC